AUGGUGAGGCCAGUCUUUCCAGUCCUUCUGCUCUAUAUUGUCAGCAUAUCUGUACGCACGGGAGUCGGCGCUCGGGAUAUCCUAUAUCCGUUUGGACCUUCCCACAUGGAUCUAGAGACCCCCAAGAUGGAUGAUGGGAGCUCCCCUGAAAUUCCUCUACUUGUGCCUUUCAUUUUUUUCAGUACCCCUUACCGCACCAUCUAUGUCAACAACAACGGUGUAAUAUCCUUCAACGAGCACGUGAGCCAGUUCACGCCAGAAGCAUUCCCUCUAAGUGACAGCCGGUCCUUCAUUGCCCCCCUCUGGGCAGACGUGCACAACGGGAUCCGCGGAGACGUCUACUACAGGGAGUCCACUCUACCGCACAUACUGGAGAAGGCGACUCGUGAUGUCCGCAAACAUUUCAAGACCAUCCCCAACUUUACGGCAACCUGGGUCUUCAUCGCCACUUGGCACCAGGUCACUUUCUACGGCGGGAGCCAGACCACCCCGGUGAACACAUUCCAAACUGUGCUAAUCUCAGAUGGUGCAGUGUCCUUCGCCUUGUUCAACUAUGAGGAAAUUGCCUGGAGCACAGGCACAGCCAGUGGUGGAGAUCCUCUUACCGGACUGGGUGGUACUACAGCUCAGACAGGUUUUAAUGGCGGGGAAAUUGGACACUUCUUGAACCUGCCAGGAUCCCGGUCCAACGAUGUGGUGAACAUUGAACAGACGACAAACGUAAACAUUCCCGGUCGCUGGUUCUUCCGCAUCGAUCUGGAGCUGAUUGACCCCGCCAAUGGCUGCAGUUAUAAUGGUCGUUUUUACAGACGAGGGGAGGUCUUCUGGUUGUCAGACCGCUGCUCGCAACGAUGCCGCUGUCUUGACAUUGACAAUGAGGUGCUCUGUCAAGGCGCUCCGUGCGGCCAGAUGGAGACGUGCGAGCAGCAAGAGGGGGCCUUCUACUGUCAGCCCAGCCGCACUAGCACCUGCGUCGUGUUCGGCGACCCCCACUACCACACCUUCGACGGCUUGCUGUACCACUUCCAGGGAACGUGUACUUACCUCCUGGCCCGGCCAUGCUGGGAAGAGUCAGGACUGCCCUUCUUUAGCGUGGAGGCCAAGAAUGAAGACCGUGGGGUGUCUGCAGUCUCCUGGCUAAGAGAUGUAACCGUGGAAGUCUAUAGUCACAGAGUCACACUGCCCAAAGGAAGUUUGGGAACAGUUCAGGUCGAUGGCUUGCUGCAGACUUUGCCAGUUCAGCUCCAGCUCGGUGCUGUCAGAGUCUACCAAUCCGGAGUGGCCGUAGCUUUGGAAACAGAUUUUGGACUCCUAGUAACAUACGACGGUCAACACUACGCUUCUAUUUCCCUGCCAAGUUCCUACUUCAACAACACGUGCGGUCUCUGCGGGAAUUACAACGAUGACCCGGCUGAUGAUCCUGUCCUUCCCGACGGCACCCUUGCAGAAACUGUGGCUGAGCUGGGUGGUGGCUGGCGAUCAGAGGGUGCCGACUGGCAUUGCUCUGACGGUUGUGUGCACAACUGCAGCGAGUGCGAUGCUCUAAUGGAGGCCUUCUACUUUGGUUCAGACUACUGCGGACUCAUAAACAAAACUGAUGGUCCUUUCAGGGACUGCAAAGCUGUGGUGGAUCCCACCGCAUUCGUGUUUAGUUGUGUCUACGAUAUGUGUAGCAACAAAGACAAUAUUACCACACUCUGCCAGGCCAUCCAGGCCUACGCUCUGGCCUGUCAGGCACUGGGCGUCACAAUCCGUCCCUGGAGGUCUCAAACUUUUUGCGCCCUGACUUGUCCACCAUUCAGCCACUACCAAGUGUGCACCAGUGCCUGUCCAGCCUCCUGCUCAGAUAUCACCGCACCCUUAUACUGCGCCCACCCCUGCACCGAGGGCUGCCAGUGCGACCAAGACUACGUCCUCAGCGGCAGCCAUUGUGUACAGCGAGAUGACUGUGGCUGUGAGCACAAUGGCCUCUAUUACCCUCUGAAUGACACUUUUUGGGCCCGCUCUGGCGGUGAAGGAGGCGAAUGUACCCUGCGCUGCACCUGUGCAGCGGCAGGUGAAGUCUCUUGCUUCAGCCAGUCUUGCAAGGAAGGCGAGGUGUGCACAGCGGAGGUGGGCGCGCUGGGUUGCUACCCUCGCCGGGAGGGGCUGUGUUCAAUCACUCAGAACGCUGUGACAUCAUCCUUUGACGGCGCCUUCCUGCUGUUCCCAGAUGACAGCUCCUACUACCUGCUGAGGCUGUGUGGCGCUGUGCCAGCUAAUGGCUCAAUGGUGGAGGUGAAGAUAGGCAGACGGCUGGUGAAUAAAGGCCCUGCUUGGAAAAGACCCGUGGUAGUUACCAUUUCUAGCUUGGAGGUUCAGGUGGGAGGGAUGGAUUUGGAAACAGUGAAGGUCAAUGGUGAACCUAUGGCCCUCCCUUACAUCCAUCCGACACAAUCUGUAAAGGUCUACAGAGCGUCCGGUAAUGCCACGGUGGUGGAGUCUCGAGGUCAUCUUCGCGUUUACUACACACAACAAGGAUCCAUCAACAUUUCCCUCUCCACCGCAUUUUAUAACGUCACGUGUGGCCUGUGUGGUGUCUUCAACGGUGACCAUGCUGAUGACUUCCGCCUUCCAAAUGGACGCAUCGCAGAGUCUGCCUCACUGUUCUUGGAGGGCUGGCGUUCCAUACCCGACGACAUCAUCAGCUGCAAUGGAGACUGUGAGGACUUGUACCGCAUGUGCACGGACCUACGCCUCUACCAGAGCCCGUGGAUGUGCGGCAACAUCAAUGACCCAGGGAACAGCUCCUUCCAAGCUUGUCACGGGGCCGUUAACCCGUCGCCAUUUUUCCGGAACUGCUUGUAUAACAUGUGCGUAAAGGAUGGCAACCGCUCGGCCCUGUGCUCUUCGCUACAUGCUUACGCCGCAGCCUGCCAGGAUGCUCAAGUGGUCCUUUCUUCCUGGAGGACAGCCACCAACUGCCCUCUACCUUGUCCAGCCAAUAGCCAUUUCGAUGAGUGCGCCAGCGCGUGUCCCCUGACGUGCGCUGGCCUGGACGAGCCAGAGGUGCCGUGCCCAAUGCAGUGUAUUGAGGGCUGCCGCUGCCGGGACGGCUUCAUCCUGCACGAUGGCCUGUGCGUACCCCGUGGCGACUGCGGCUGCGCGGGCCCGGACCGUGACCACCGGUUGCCCGCCAACCACACUUUCUGGAUGGACAGGGACUGCCUGGAGCGCUGCUACUGCAACGGUUCGGACAACAGAGUGUACUGUCUGGCAGCGCCAUGCCACUCCGAGGAGUACUGUGAGGAGGACGACGGGUUGUACUACUGCAGGCCCCGGACCGAGGCACUGUGCGUGGUAGCUGGUUAUGGCCACUUCCUGCCAUUUGAUGGUGUUCCGUUUGAGCUACAGAGCUCUUGUAGCUUGAACUUGGCCACCAGUAACUGUGGGAACAGGGACAACGGGAGCAUGACUGGAAGCUUGCCUCCAUUUAAACUAUUGGCUCUUAAUGAAGAAAGGGACACGAGCCAGGCAGUUUGGGUAAGAGGUUUUGCACUAGAAGUCUUUGACUUUGAGAUCGAGGUGUCCCGGAGCUACAAGAACACCGCCAUUGUGAAUAAGGAGCGCUUGUAUGUUCCCGUGAAGCUCGGCCCAGGGAAGGUCACCAUCUUUACUUUAGGCUCGCUUCUCGUCCUGGAGACAGACUUCGGCCUUAAGGUGACCUUCGAUUGGAACACCCUGCUCUUGUUGACAUUACCCCGUCAACUCUAUAGCUCAUCCUGCGGCCUCUGCGGGGAAUCGCCCUCAGUCCCAGCUGACAACCGGGCCUCAGCCUGGGCCGAAAGGGACGCGUUCUGCCAGGUAGGCUGCGGCAACUCAUGCCCACGUUGCGGCCCCGGGGAUAAAAACUUGCCGGACGACGGCACUAUCGCUACGGACGCAGAAGACGAUGACAUGGAUGACGACUCUACAACCGGACUCCGUUUCCGUCCACGAGACGGUCUCUACGUGUUUGCGGAGCCUGAAGCAGCGAGGCUAUGCGGUCUGAUGGCAGAUCGCCAGGGUGCGUUUAUACACUGUCACAGCAAGGUGGCGCCAGGGUUCUUUUACCAAAGCUGCUUGCUGGACAUCUGCUUGGACGGGGGAGCGCAAGAAACUGUUUGCGGCUGGCUGCAGGCCUAUGCCACCACCUGUCAGUUGCAAGGGGUGCCCGUCACCAACUGGAGGGUUGAUGCACUGUGUGUCAAGAGGUGUCCGCCAAACAGCCAUUACUCCAGUUGCGUGCCGGUCUGCCCGCCCCAGUGUGCCCCAACCCGUGGCCAGAGGGACUGCAGCCAGGACUGCGUGGAGGGUUGCCACUGCGACCAAGGUUACGUCCUCAACGGCAAGAACUGCAUCCUGCCUCAGGAUUGCGGCUGCUAUACAGACGGCAAGUACUAUGAGCCCAAGCAGCUGUUCUGGAACAGCGAUUGCACCAAGCGUUGCCACUGCAUUGGCCGCAAUCUAGUCCAGUGUGACACGCGUCGUUGCAAGGCAGACGAGGAGUGUGCCCUGCGCCACGGAGUGCGUGGCUGUUUUGCGCGACACUCCCAGCAGUGCAUGGCAUCGGGCGGUGGCGUGUUCAAGACCUUCGACGGUGCCUCGCUCCGUCUGCCCGCCUCCUGCUCCUUCGUGCUGUCCACCAACUGCCACAAGCUGCCCGACCUCUCCUUUCAGCUCAUCGCCAACUUCGACAAAUGGAGCGCACCCAACCUCACCACCAUCUCUCACGUCUACCUCUACAUCAAUGAGGAGAACAUCCUGGUCUCAGGCAACACGGUCAAGGUGAACGGCACCCCGGUGUCGCUGCCGUUCGUGACGGGCAUGAUGACGCGCCUGUCCUCAUCGGAAGGGUUCGUCGACAUUGACUCCCCACAGGACAUCCGGGUGCGAUACAACCGCUUCAACACCCUGAGCGUCAGCAUGGGCGUACGGUUGAGGGACAAACUCUGUGGCCUGUGCGGCAACUUCAAUGGCGACCCGGGCGACGACUACAUCACCUCAACCGGCGGGGCAGCCGCCAGCGCUCUGGAGCUCGCUCGGAGCUGGAAGACUAACGGCAUGCAGCACAGAUGUGACGAGACCCAAUACGUGGCGCUUGCCCGAUCAUGCGACAACGCGGCCGUGCUGGCCCUGCAGCGUGAGGACACCUGCUUGAAGCUGACCGAACCCAAGGGUUUCUUCCAGCCGUGCCACGGACUACUGGACCCCCGGCCUUUUUACCGAUCCUGCUACCUGGACGGCUGCUACAACCGGCGCGGCGCCCAAGUGUGCGGGUCGCUGGCCGCUUACGCCGAAGCCUGCCGCUCCAUGGGUGCCCUAACCACUGAGUGGAUUGCCCGGGAAAACUGCUCAGAAUGGAUUUAUGACCCCUGCGCCACAGAAACUUGUGCAAACCUCACCUGCGAGCUGGACAAUGGAGGUGACCUGUGCGGCUGUCCGGAAUUGCCAGCUGGGAGUCAAGGUUACGACGAUGACGCGAUGGAGGCUGAGGUGACAUGCGGGGCCAGCGAGAUGGCAGUGUCCAUCUCCAAGUGCAAGCUCUUCCAGCUGGGCUUCCAGCGCGGCGACGUCCGCGUCAACGACCGACGCUGUGCCGGCGUCGAGGAAGAGGACUUCAUCUCCUUCCACAUCAACAACAGCAGAGGACACUGUGGCUCCAUUGUGCACACGAACGGUACGCACAUUAUGUACAAAAAUACGGUGCGGAUCGAGAGUGUCAACAACACGGGCAGCGUCAUCACACGGGAUAAAACCAUUAACGUUGAGUUUUCGUGUGCCUAUGAGCUGGAUCUAAAAAUCUCACUGGAGACCGUCCUCAAACCUGUACUCAGUGUGAUCAACCUCACCCUGGCCACCCAGGCGGGCAACUUCAUCACCAAAAUGGCGCUGUACAAGAACGCUUCGUACCGCCAGCCCUACGGGGAGGGCGAGGUGGUCCUCAGCACCAGGGACGUCCUCUACGUGGGCGUCUUCGUGGAGGGCGCCGACCAGAACCAGCUCGUCUUGGUCGUCAACACGUGCUGGGCUACGCCGUCGCGCAACAGCAGCGACCGACUGCGCUACGUCAUCAUAGAACGAGGGUGUCCCAAUAUUAAGGACAACACCAUCGGCAUGGCAGAAAACGGUGUGUCUCUUACCUGCCGCUUCCACGUGACCGUCUUCAAGUUUAUUGGCGACUAUGACAAGGUGCACCUGCACUGCCACGUAUCACUGUGCGAUGCUGAACGACAAGCCUGCAAAGUGAAUUGUCCGCCCAAGAAGAGGAUGUCGUCCAAGGAAAGGACAUUUAAAGAGCACAUACUCAGUGUUGGGCCCAUUCGAAGGCAAGUGUGGGAUUGGUGCGAGGUGGACAAUGGCGGCUGUGAGCAGAUGUGCAGCAGUAGGGCGAGCGGUCCGGUGUGCGGCUGCUUCACAGGAAUGCUGCAAGCAGACAAGAAGAGCUGUCGGAGAUAUUCCGUCACACGCGACUUGUCCCGUGUUGCCUAA